AUAUAUUUUACGAUUUGUGGGGGAAGGAUAUUUCAGUCGGACCUAACUGUUAGUUCCAUCUGCUGGAUUGAAACAGCCCCUCAGGUGGAGGGAUGAGCCUCUCCCCUGUUACUGGCACUGAAGUGCCACAAACAGCAAAUGGAGUCGCGACACCCUUUGAGAACGGCCCUCAUUUGUCUGUAAAACGUGGGAGCAGCUCAUUAACCGGAUCCGAUGAAGCGUCGUCACUCGGAAACUCUGAGAAUCAUGUCGACGUGGGAAGCAAAGAUCCAGACGGAGAAACUCUCUCUGACGCAGAGACGGACAUUAACGGGCGAACGUGUAAUUUAUCAUUAAGCAGCCCUCAGACAGUAGACUCCUCCUUCACUGCUGAGAACGCGUUACACUCCAAAGACACAGAAAUACUCGAGUCCUCCAAGACGGCGGAUGAAGUUCUCAUGUGGGAUUCGGCCCGACGCGCCGAGUCCAAACACUCAAAUGAACACGGAGGCCCUGUGGGUGCAGACAGACGGCAAACGCCGCCACAGAGAGCGGAGGGGGGCGCCGACAGUCAGGACGGAGAGAGGGAGAAGCAAGAUGAGGAGGAUGAUGAGAAGGACGAAAACACGUGGAGUUACCAGCAUCCCGGAAGAACAAAGGACACAGAGCUUUCGCGGCACUACUCGUCCUCAGCUCCUGGUCCUAGCACCUCCUCCUCUUCCACUCCCCCUGCUCUCCUCCCCUCAGACGACGCCCCGUGUCCCCCACACAUCAUGGCCCAGGUUUGGGUUCGUAAUGUCCGGGGGAUGCAGGACAGCAAGAGCCUGGAUGAAAUUAGUCAAGCAUGUGGAGGUGGGUCAGGAGCUCGAGGUGGGGGCAGAAGUGGGCAGUCUGAGGGUAGACGGGCAACAAUCUCUUCAGCUCUGGAACUAGAGGGUACUGUAAGCCAUGAGGGAGACCUGACCAACUUUAUCACCAAGAAUCUAGAGCAGAAGAUCAAAAUGAGCUCCAAGCCCAGUCUGGACUGCAGCGAUUCCGACUGCUCGGGUCCCAUCUACAGGAGCCGGGGGUUGUCACGGCGACCAGCGGAUAUCCCGCCCAUCGACGCCACGGUUUUGUUGGACCUUCAGAAGCACGUCCAGGACGUGGCACACAGUGUGGAGCUGAUGAUGCGGAGCCUCAACGGAACCAUCCAGAAUAUGACUGCUCUGAGUGUGGGCUACAUCCAAACCUACAGAGACUCCGUUGAUAGCCUGGGGGAGUCUGUAGAUAUGAGCAUAAAGGGCAUGUACACGUUGAUGGCUCGCUGUGAGGAGCUGGAUCGCUCCAUGCAGCCCAUCCACGUCCUGGCUGCACAGAUCCGGGACAUUAAACGCACUCUGGACGCUCUAGAGGCAAUGUGCAAGUAGCACCAUCGUCAUCUCCAACUCCAGGAGGAUUCUGGGUAGAAAAUCCACCCUUCACAUGUCGAGCCGGAGUCUGGGAAGCAUCGCUGGUCAUCGCAGCCGGAGUCUGUCCUGACCGUUUCUGUGUCGUGUACGUUUUCAGGGGAAAGGAGCUUGUCUGUGUCUCUGGGAUGAGCCUUCUCUUCACUUUUUUUUUUGUUUUAAUUGAGUUGUUAAGAAACAAAACUGAACAGACAAAUAGAGGAGGGUGUGAUAAAAGCAUUCUUUACCCCUCCUCUCGUCUGAGGAGUUUUUAUCCGUCCUGCCUGCUUGGUUCAGAUUGCACUAACCCCUCCUGCCCAGAUGGGGGCGACAUUUCUGUUUCUGGAGAGUUAAAAAUCAAACUUCUCACCAAAAAAAAAAAAAAGACAGUGACUUUUGCACAGGAACAGAAAGUCUAUUUUUUUAACUUAUGCAAAAACAGAUUGACUGCACGCUGAGUCAGAGCAGGCCCACGUCUGCCUCUUUUAUGUGUUAAUUUAUUCACUUUGCUCAGCAUGCACGUUUGCUCGUAAUCGGAUCAUUACGCACCUCACAUCAUACUCCCACUAUAAGCCGUCGACUUUUACAACUGCACACGAAACAGGCGAGUUCAGCUGAAAGGUUCUUUAGUGGUCCUGUAACCCAAACGAUGGAGAAACUUUAACACAAAUGAAAGCCUCAGCUGUGUCUUUGAAUAUCUGAUCAAUAAUAAACCAUUAAGAAUCUUCUGGUACUUUAA